AUGACGACAAAUUAUAAGAGUAACAGUCAGGUCGAGGACUCAUUGGCAAGGCAGUCAGAUGUCAUUGUGUCUACGAAUGUAACUCUGUAUGCUGAAUACAAGGGAUUCUUUAUAUAUGUUGUCAGUGAAUUGCUACUACUUUGUUGGGUGUGCUGGGCGCUAGCACCAAACUGGAUAUUAAAUGAUGUAUUUUCAAUCCACUAUUUUCCUGAUAAAUAUUGGUCGAAUGCAGUUCCGGCUUAUUCAUUAAUUAUGAUGGUAUACAUGUACGUAGCAUUGGCUCUUUAUAACACUGAGUUUAGGACCUUGGCAUUAGACGAUGGAAGAAAUUUUUUUGACACGUAUUCGAGUUUUGCUAAUCAAAAAGAAGGUCCGGAUGAUGAUAUAGUUCACGAUUCAGUCCAAUAUGUGUUUAAAAUUCCUAAUGGAGUGAAAGAUUUACCGAUAACUUUAGUGAAUGAAGUUUUAUAUUCAGAACUAAUUCCUCAAUGA